AUGACGGCCGGAGCAGCGGCAUGGGGGGGACACCCCGACCCCCCGGCCUGGGGGGUGGCCUCUGCUCCCCCCGAGCUGCUCCUGGCCCUGCUGGGGCUGCUCAGCAUCCCUGGGGCUCGUGGUGACUGUGGCCCCCCUCCUGCCAUGAGCCACUCCCGGCCGUCCAGCAGCUCCAGCAGCUUCCCGGUGGGAUCCAGGGUGACGUUCAGCUGCACCGGGGGUGCCCGCAGGAUCCCGGGGCUGCCCGACACCGUGGAGUGCCUGCCCGGCAGCGUCUGGUCCCGGCUGCCCGAGCCCUGCGGCCGGAGCUGCUCUGCCCCAGCCAGGCUGAGGUUUGCUGCCCUGUCCAAGGAGGAUGAGACGAGGAAUUUCUUCCCUGUUGGCACCAACGUGAGCUACGUGUGCCGGGCUGGCUACGAGAACACCUCGGAGAUCUCCCCCUCCAGCACCUGCCUGCAGAACCUGACCUGGUCCCAGCCUGCUGAGCUGUGCAGGAGGAGGUCCUGCAGUGCCCCAGGAGCGCUGCCUGGGGGGAGGAUGGGGCCCCUCACGGACCUGCAGCUGGGAGCACGAGUGGACGUGUCCUGUGAGGAUGGGUAUAAAUUAGUCGGGAAUAAUUUCAUCUGGUGCCGGCUGAAAGGAAACGAUGUUGAAUGGAGCGAACUUCCAACUUGUGAAUUGAUCACCUGCUCCCCACCUCCUGCAAUCAGCCACGGCAGGCACGAUGGGGAAGGCGUUGGGAUUUUUGUUUGGAACUCCACGGUGACCUACAGCUGUGAUUCCAACUUCCAGCUGCUGGGGAACGGGAGCAUCCAGUGCGGGAGCGGCGGGGGCUGGAGCGGAGCCGCGCCCCAGUGCAGAGGUGGAGCCAGCCCAGGGCUGAGAGUGUUCAGCGGUUUUUAG